AUUACUACGAGAUUUUAUGAAAGUUUUUGAUCGACUAUUUUGAUCGGCGAAGAUGGUGGCAAACUGCAACGUCACGCCCGAGGUCGAGGAAAUGGAAGUACAGAUCCUGUCCCCCCGACUAGGAGAGACUAGGAAGGCGAUCUUUCUGGAGUCUAACGGCUUAUUGUACAAGCCCAUCAGCGAGGACGUCGACAAAACACAGAUCUCGGACUCCGACACGAAGCCGUGGUCUGGCCAUUUGUUCUGUAUGUUCGUGAUGUUCGGGAUUGCGUCUCUAACACCCUGGAAUAUGUUCAUCACAGCAACUUCCUACUUCGAGUCCAAGUUCAACGGCUCCACUCCGGCCAUCGAAGAAAACUUCCAGAACUAUUUCCAAACCGGAGCAAUAUGCACGGACGUGUGUAUCAGUUUCCUGACGGUACCCUUAGUUCGCUACAUCAAGAUCCCAAAACUGAUUUAUUUCUCAAACUCAGUCAUGCUCAGCAUGUUCGUGCUGACAGCGGUCUUGGCUAAAGUGGACUCCACGUUGUGGGCUAAAGACUUCUUCCUCCUGACGGAAGUAUGUUUUUGUAUGAUGUGCGGUGGUGGGGCUAUGUUUAUCAGCACCAUGUGGGCUGUCACCUCCUCUAUGAACACUAUCUACACUGAAGCGUUCCUGAUCGGCAUGACCUUGGCAGGGAUAAUCGCAUCAGUGCUCAAUAUCGUCACUUUGUCUAUCCCCGGGAUAGACUUCGUGGAGGCAGGGUUCUGGUACUUUGUAGCAGCAGCUGUGAUUCUGUUAGUGUCCCUGGUGUUAUUCUCCCAGUUCCACUGCCAUUACUACCAGGAGAGUUACAAGGAGGUGGACUCUAAGUCUCCAGUGUCACCAGACGUGGAGUCAACUGAGUCUAAGACGGAAAGGACCCCAAUGUACCAGCUGAUAAAGGACACCUUUACCCAGGGGUAUUGUUGCUUCUCUGUCCUCUACGUCACCUUCAUCAUGUUUCCCGCAGUCCUGUCAACCCUCACGUCUACGGACGAGAUCCCAGUUCAACCUGGGCAGUCCGGUAUUUCCUGCCCGUGGUCUUGUUUCUGGUGUUCAACGUGGGAGAUCUACUAGGACGUCUAUUUGCACGCGUCGCGGAGUUUCCAGGACGACGUGUUAUACCCUGGUAUACCACUGCGCGGCUGCUCUUUGUUUUCCUGAUGGUAA